UCUAUCUGUGGAGCUCAUUCUCCUUGCUCUUUAGACCGGGACAGGCGAGACGCUGCCAGGGAGCAGAAACAGAGAAGCCCAGUCCCAAACCUGAACACAGACCAUGAAGCUCAGUGAAAACGACCCAGCCGCCAACAAGGAAGGCGUUUCGGAGAAGAAGAAACUGGACUGGUCCUGCUCGCUCAUCGUGGCCUCUCUGGUAGGCGCCUUCGGCUCCUCCUUCCUGUAUGGAUACAACCUCUCCGUGGUGAACGCCCCCACUCCGUACAUCAAGGCCUUUUUCAAUGAGACGUGGGGAAGAAGAUACGGACACCCCAUAGACCCGGACACGCUGACGCUGCUCUGGUCAGUCACCGUGUCCAUAUUCGCCAUCGGUGGACUCGUGGGGACGCUGAUGGUGAAGCUGAUCGGAACGUUUCUUGGGAGGAAGCACACUUUACUGGUCAACAACGUGUUCGCGAUUUCCGCCGCGCUGCUGAUGGCCUGUUCCCUGCAGGCAGGCGCCUUGGAGAUGCUCAUCGUGGGCCGGUUCGUCAUGGGCGUGGAUGGAGGCAUCGCCCUCAGUGCGCUCCCCAUGUACCUGAGCGAGAUCUCGCCCAAGGAGAUCCGCGGCUCUCUGGGACAGGUGACGGCCAUCUUCAUCUGCAUCGGGGUGUUCACCGGGCAGCUGCUGGGCCUGCCUGAGCUGCUGGGCAAGGAGAGCACCUGGCCCUACCUGUUCGGAGUGAUUGUGGCCCCUGCGGUGGUCCAGCUGGGGAGCCUGCCCUUUCUCCCUGACAGCCCCCGCUACCUGCUGUUUGAGAAGCACGACCAGGCGGGCGCUGAGAAAGCCUUCCGGACGUUCCUGGGCAAAGAGGACGUGUCCCGAGAGGUGGAGGAGGUCCUGGCGGAGGGCCGCGUGCAGAGGAACAUCCGCCUGGUGUCCGUGCCGGAGCUGCUGAGGACGCCCUCCGUGCGCUGGCCGGUCAUCACCGUGGUGGUCACCAUGGCCUGCUACCAGCUCUGCGGCCUCAACGCGAUUUGGUUCUACACCAACAGCAUCUUUGGGAAAGCUGGGAUCCCUCCGGAAAAGAUCCCCUACAUCACCUUGAGCACAGGCGGCAUUGAGACGCUGGCGUCCAUCUUCUCGGGCUUGGUCAUCGAGCGCCUGGGGCGGAGGCCCCUCCUCAUCGGCGGCUUUGGGCUGAUGACCCUCUUCUUCGGGACCCUCACGGUGACGCUGACGCUGCAGGACCAGGCGCCCUGGAUCCCCUACCUGAGCAUUGUCUGCAUCCUGGCCAUCAUCGCGUCCUUCUGCAGCGGCCCAGGCGGCAUCCCCUUCGUCCUGACCGGCGAGUUCUUCCAGCAGUCCGAGCGGCCGGCGGCCUUCACCGUGGCGGGCACCGUCAACUGGCUGGCCAACUUCGCCGUGGGACUCCUCUUCCCGUUCAUCCAGAAAAGCCUGGACACCUACUGCUUCCUGGUCUUCGCGGGAAUCUGCUUCGCAGGAGCUCUGUAUUUAUAUUUCGUCCUGCCUGAGACCAAAAACAGAACCUACGCGGAAAUCAGCCAGGCGUUUGCCAGAAGGAACAAGGCACACCCACCAGUGGAGAAAACGGACUCGGCUGAAACUGAUGACAAAAACACCGAGACGCCUGGGCCAGACCCCUCCUCCACGCUGGACAAUGAUGUCAAAAAUGGGAUUGUCUAA